AUGUCCUUUCCUUCAAAAUGGGUUUCAGCAUGGCUUCAACACCAUGACCACCAACGUCGUCAGAUGGUGGUGAAAUUUGAGCUAAAGUGCAAGCUUUUUAAGGCCUUUUUAAGAGAUCCUGAUCUACCCGUAGAGGUUUCGGGAAUCGGUGCAUCUUCACUGGUCGGCCUCGUGGCAUGUACCAGUUCUUCCGGAUGUCCUGUAUCCAGUGAAUUGGCCUCCCAAGGUGCUUUCAAUGGCAUUAAGAAAGCAUCUUGGUAG